AUGGGCGGCAGAUCAUCGUCUGGGUCACUGGCCGGCCUAUCAAUGAAGCAUUUGUCCCUCAUCACGCUCACGUUUCAGAAUUCGGCUCUCAUUUUGAUAAUGCACUAUUCGCGCGUCAUGCCCGUCGUUGGAGGUCAGAGAUAUCACACGAGUACGAGUGUAUUCCUCAACGAAGUCUUGAAGCUAGGUGUAAGCUUGACGAUGGCUCUUUAUGACAUGUCAAAGACUCUGCCCUCGAACACGACCGUCGCAACUCUUUUCCAAGCCCUAACGACCGCCAUGUUCACGAACGAAAGCUGGAAGCUUGCAAUACCGGCGCUUCUUUAUACAUUGCAAAAUACGCUGCAAUAUGUAGCAGUCAGCAAUCUGGAUGCAGCCACGUUCCAGGUCACAUAUCAGUUAAAAAUCUUGACCACGGCCAUGUUCAGUGUCCUUAUGCUGGGCCGAAGCUUGUCGCCUCGCAGGUGGUUGUCUCUGCUUGUUUUGGUCAUCGGUGUAUCCAUUGUACAACUGCCAGAGUAUACUUCUGAGCCUGCUACGAUGGAGUCGUUGCGCGAUCCCGAUUCUAAAGUCUGGCCACGAUCGCUCGAAGAGCUACGGGAUCUUGGGAGCCAAGCUACGGCACACUUCAUGAGGCGAUCUGGUUCAUAUGAGGGCAUAAAAGAAGAUCGAGGCAUGGUCAUUCCAGAGAUGAACAGCUCUGUUGGUUUGACUGCGGUCCUGGUGGCAUGUGCACUCUCGGGAAUUGCUGGCGUUUCGUUUGAAAAGAUACUCAAAGAGUCUACAAGCAAGAACACAUCGCUCUGGGUGCGCAACUGUCAGCUAUCGUUCUGGUCGUUAUUUCCGGCACUGUUCUUAGGGGUUAUCUGGAAAGAUGGCGAGAUCAUCGCGAGAACUGGGUUCUUCGUAGGGUACAACUGGGUCGUCUGGGCAGCCAUCACUUUUCAGGCCAUGGGUGGUGUCAUCGUUGCGCUUGUCAUCAACUACGCAGACAACAUUGCCAAGAACUUUGCUACUAGCAUCUCCAUCAUCAUCAGCUGCGCCGUGAGCGUCGCGUUAUUCGAUUUCAAAGUUACUGGAUCGUUCUUCGUCGGCACGUUGGUCGUUCUAUUCGCUACGUAUUUGUAUACAAAGCCUGAGCCAGGUACAGGGCAAGUCAAGAUUGCCAGCUUUGAGAAAACGACCGUUGAUCGCAGGCCUCCGUCUAUCGAGCACGAGAAAGAUGGUGCAAGAGCACGAGGCAAUAGCACUUCGAGAUCGGCAACACCGUCUUUUUGUACGGACCAUUGGUGCAUGCGGGUCAAUCGCCACUUUAAGAAUGCGAGACCAAACAAGUUCCGUAUCUUUAAUCAUGGUCACGCGAAUCAGACGCGACCGCGGUACAUCGUAUCUCAGCCACAAUUCACGCAUGUAUCAGGAUCAUUUGCGCCAAGAGAGCGUUAUCGUGCCACCCACUAUGAUCAUCCUAUGUCUGAUGCGGUAGAAGACGAAAGUCAUGGACAACUUGAAUGUCUCCAACCUUUCGAUGAUCAGAUGCUUCAUCAAUCAUACCAAGAUCGGCAGCACCGAACAAUCCGAGGUCAAGCGCGGCUGUCCAUGGUCCCUAUGCCCAGGUCCUACAGUGGCGAGAUGGUCGAGAAGGUACGACCAGAAUCGCAAAACCAACAUAUAUGCGAAAAGACGCCCGAUAAAAGAGGUACUGUUUGUCAAUUUGCAUAUGACGCUUACCAGCCUCUGGAGCCAACUUCUGACGUGUCUUUGGGUGCUUCGUCAAGCCCUACCCUGAACGCUGGUCGAAGGCGAGCUGAACAUUACAAGACCAGUGCUUUCCGGCAACCACUGGAGCUUGAGCCCUUCGAGGAUCUACCACUUGAGGCAUUCACCGGUCGCAGAGAGGGGACUAAGUAUCAUCAAAAGGAUGACGCGUUCCUUAGAGCGCCACGACGGGACGUUGGCCGCCCGUUUCAGCAAGUCGUCAAAGUGGAAUCCAAUCCAAACUUGAUCAAGCCAUCACACGCACUUCCUACUGUACAAGGCAUUCCUCUUGUACCGGUCUCCGCUCUGCCGGAUCGCCUCCGAAUAGUGUUUCCUUUCCCAACGUUUAACGCCGUCCAGUCCAAAUGUUUCGACCAAGUCUUCAGAUCGAAUCACAACUUCGUUCUGUCAUCACCUACAGGCAGCGGGAAAACCGCAAUCUUAGAACUUGCUGUCUGCAGGGCUGUGGCGACAAACUCAACUGGUCAAUACAAAAUUGUUUAUCAAGCCCCCACCAAAGCCCUAUGCUCUGAGCGACAACGAGACUGGGACAAUAAGUUCACUCAGAUCGGUCUGAAAUGUGCCGAACUCACUGGUGACAGCGACGGUUCAGACCUUCGCAAUGUUCAAAGUGCCAACAUCAUCAUAACAACACCUGAGAAGUGGGACAGCAUGACCAGGAAAUGGAAAGACCACGAGCGACUCAUGAGACUCAUCAAGCUAUUUCUCAUUGAUGAAGUUCACAUACUUAACGAUGACCGCGGCGCUGUUCUUGAAGCCGUGGUAUCCCGGAUGAAGUCCAUUAGCACCGACGUUCGUUUCGUCGCACUGUCGGCGACCGUCCCAAAUUUCCAUGAUGUCGCGACCUGGUUAGGCAGGAACUCGCUUGAGUCUGACGUCCCUGCGCCGAAUGAAAGGUUCGGAGAGGAGUUUCGCCCAGUCAAGCUGAGAAAACAUGUUUGCGGCUACGUCUGCAAUAGCAACAACGACUGGGCCUUUGAAAAACAGCUUGAUGCAAGACUCCCAGAGAUCAUCUCAAAGUAUUCGGAGCGGAAGCCUAUGAUGAUUUUCUGCGCGACGCGAAAGUCUUGCGCCGCCACAGCAAGGCUUAUAAAGAAUUGGUGGGUCACGAGAAGCGGACCCGAUCGGCUUUGGGAUACUCCGUCGCAAGCUCUCCAAAUCAAGGAUAAAGAUCUACGCGAUCUCGUUGAUGCCGGUGUCGCUUUCCAUCACGCAGGUGUUGACCAGGACGACCGCAUCAAGGUCGAGAAAGGAUUCCUGCAAGGCGACAUCAGUGUCAUCUGCUGCACAUCAACACUGGCGGUCGGGGUGAAUCUGCCGUGCCACCUUGUCAUCAUCAAGAACACGGUGUCGUGGUCACAAGAGGGGCUACAAGAGUAUUCGGACCUCGACAUGAUGCAGAUGCUUGGUCGAGCUGGCCGGCCACAAUUCGACAACAGUGCCGUCGCAGUGAUCAUGACACGACAAACAAAGGUUCGGCGCUAUGAGACCCUGGUGACAGGUCAAGAGAUCUUAGAGAGCAAAUUGCAUCUUAAUCUCAUUGAGCAUGUGAAUGCGGAAAUCGGACUCGGAACCAUUCGAGACCUCGAUUCAGCGAGAAAAUGGCUGACCGGGACAUUUCUUUACGUUCGACUGCGACAAAAUCCAGUCUACUACAAACUCGAAGGAUCACGCAGUGGCCAGGAGAUACAGGAACAAGUGGACGACAUCUGUGUUCGCGAUAUUGCUAUCUUGAAGGAGUACAAUCUAGCCAUUGGCGAAGAUCAUCUCCGAUGCACCGAAUUUGGCCACGCUAUGGCACGCUACUACAUACGUUUCGAAACAAUGAGAGUGAUCAUGGGCCUACAACCCAAGGCAACUCUAUCUGAGAUUCUUUCAGCUGUCGCUCAAGCUGCCGAGUUCUCAAAGAUUCGUUUUCGUCAGGGUGAGAAAAGCAUCUACAAGAUACUAAACAGGUCGCCUUCUAUUCGAUUUCCAAUCCCCGUUAAUCUCGAUCUGCCAGCUCAAAAGGUUUCACUUAUCAUCCAGUCAGUCCUCGGUCACGCAGAAAUCUGCUGGGAUGGCGACGCAAGCAAGCACAAACAACAAUUUUCGCAAGAGGUGGCGGUGAUAUUCAAGUCAAUCAACAGCUUAGUCAGAUGCGUCAUAGACUGUCAGCUUGUUCUAGGAGACUCUGUCAGCAUCCACAGUGCAUUGAUGCUGGAGCGUUGUUUGGGUUCUAAAGCUUGGGACGACAGCCCCUUACAGAUGGUUCAAAUCCCUAAUGUAGGUGCUGUUACUGUUCGGAAAUUUGUGAAUGCUGGUAUCCGAGGUAUUGAGGACCUGGAAGCUACAGAUGCGCGACGCAUUGACACAGUCGCUGGCAGAAAUCCACCCUUUGGGCUCAAGGUUCUGGACGACCUGAAGUCUUUCCCGAAGCUUCGAGUAUCUCUCCAUCUCCAGUCUUCGUCUGUUUCGAAGACGACUGAGGGUGUCAAGGUUCAAGUCAAGGCAGACAUUGGCUUCAUCAAUGAGAAGGCCCCAGUCAAAUUCGGUAACAAGCUGAUCUACGUUUGCAUGCUGGCAGAAACAUCAGAUGGGCGCAAGAUCCAUUUCGCAAGGAUCAAGUGGGUUUUUCUGACCGCCAAUGGCUCGAAGCUCAGUGCAGGGCAGAGUCUGGUCUUUCCAGCGCUUUUGACCAGUGUAGAACAGAGCAUUAACUGCUAUCUCAUGUGCGAAGGCAUUGGUAUCAUGCGAGAUGCGACUAUCGCACCAAGGCUUGCACCUUCGCUGUUUCCACCUCAAGUCACUAAGGCGGCGGAGUCUGCGUCGACUCAAAAACCGAAUAUCUCCAGGCGCCGCCUCGAAAAUACUCCAGUUCAACGAAAGAGAUCAUCUGCUAGUGACGAUUUCGGCGACGCUGACAUCGAUGAUGACGCCUUGGUCGGAGCUACAGAUGGAGCUCUCUUUUUUGAACACAUCGAUAACUUCGCGGAGGCAACAAACGCUUCAGCUCGCACCGACAACUCAAAGCAAAAAGCAGCACAGGUGAAAGGCCGCGCAGCAUCUGCCAUCAUUUCUACAGAGAACGAUGAAGAUCCCACACCUGUUCAGCUUCCCAACGGCAGGUGGUCAUGUAAUCACAAAUGCAAAGACAAGGGAACCUGCAAGCACUAUUGUUGUAAACAUGGCAUGGACAGACCGCCCAAGAAAGCUGGGUCCAAGCGCUUAACAAACGAUCACCACGAGCAGCGACCGUCUGACAGCUCUGUGCAGGAGUGCAAUAAGUUCCAGACUAAACUGCAACUUACAGCCUCAAAACGAAAGAACUCAGCCGCAAUCGAAGAGCUCGACUUGACUCAACAAGAGAAAAAGCGGAAGAAGGAGUACGGCGCCAGCGGGCCGCAUGAUUAUCGUGACUUGCACAAUCUCCAUCAGCGUGUGCAGAAGAAGUCUAUUCCAUCAUCACUUCACUCAGUUAUGCAUAGGAAACCCGAAUUUCACUAUGGUGAAGGCGGAGAGUAUCAGUUGUCUUUCCUCACACAGCCAAUCCCCGGGCGGCCAAAGACUUCGAGCGAAUACGGCGAUCUCGAAUUUGACGAGUUUGCUACCACGCCCUCUCCUGCCCUCGAUCGACGUAACCUUCCUAAUUCAGAAACCUCGCUGCAUUUCUCUGAUAAAGCGCCUGUCACUUCGCGCGGCUCAGAAACGUUUGGAGAUGAUGACUCAAUGUUCAGCGAGGCAAUUGUCGGUCUCGCAGAUUCUCAAGAUUUGCAACGAACAAAUGUCACAAAGACCUCGGGCAUGCAGGAUGAGACACAUGAUGCUAUCAAUAGGAGAGAGGAAUACGCCGAUGUGGACUUCCCUGUGGACUUCGACUUUGCCGCUACUGAAAACUCGAACUCCGACCUGCCAGAACAUCUUUUUCGAGCAUCAAUCCAUGAAGAUCGCCAAGCGAAGCCGCUGAGGAUCCAGGCUCCUUUUGUUGAGGCAACAAGCAGUCCUGAGCAGACCAUACACUUCAAGCUGGCACCCUCACUUCCGCAGGACAAGCAAGUCCGAGGGCCACAGCCGAGCACAAUAAGGCCUCCCCGACCUGUCCCAGUUUUGAAGGCGGACAGUAACCAAGAAAACGUAUACAGCGGCCUAGCCUCUCUUCUAGACAUUCCAAUAUCUACAAACAAGACUCUUGUCGCCUCCAGGACCCCAGCACAGCCCGUUCAACCGAAGACUAUGGACACUAAGCAAGUCCCAGAUGGCUUCGAAGACCUCCAGCCCUGGUUGUUUCAAGAGUUUGGUGAUAUCGUGGAGCUCGUGGACUAG